AAACCUUGGGCCACACCACAAACUUCUGACACCAUCUCCCGUACCUGUCUGUCUGAACUCUCCCCCCCAACCUCAUUGGGCCAGCCGUCAAAUCUUCCUCCUGCCUCCUUUUGAGAGCCUUUUUCUUCCUCGGCAUUUUCCUUGGCCCUGGUCCUGUCCUUGGCACCUCGCUUCCUUCCAAGCCUCCGACUUAGCUUUGCUUAGACGCCUAUUUGCGUCGGAACGCCAUGGCACCAGAGGAGAAGGAUCUCAAGGCAGCAGCAGCACCGCCUGCUGAGGCCGCGGCGGCUGCUGGGGAGAAGGAGGAGGACCCUGAGCGGAAGAAGAAGAAGGAGGAGAAGGCGCGUGAGAAGGAGCUGAAGAAGCAGAAGGCAGCAGAGAAGGCGGCCAAGGCCAAGGCAGCAGCCGCUGCUGCUGCAUCUGCAGAGCCUUCAAAGAAGGCAGAGGCGAAAGCCAAGAAGGCAGCAGCGGCAGCAGCAGGCGCAGGAGCAGGGGAGGAGGCAGAUGCAGUGAAUCCCCCCACGGAGGCCGGGCAGAAGAAGAACCUCGCCAAGGAGAUGGCCAAGGCGUACAACCCCAAGGCUGUCGAAGCAUCGUGGUACGAGUGGUGGGAGACUUCGGGGUUCUUCAAGGGCGACAAUCAGAGCACCAAGCCGCCCUUUGUCAUUGUGGUGCCGCCCCCGAAUGUGACGGGCGCGCUGCACAUAGGCCAUGGGCUCACAGCAGCAGUGGAGGACACGAUCGUGCGCUGGAAGCGCAUGAGCGGCUUCAACGUGUGCUGGGUGCCGGGCACGGACCAUGCUGGCAUCGCCACCCAGGUGGUGGUGGAGAAGAAGCUGAUGCGUGAGAAGGGCCUGUCGCGCCACGAUGUGGGCAGGGAGGAUUUUGUCAAGGAGGUGUGGAAGUGGAAGGAGGACUACGGAGGCCGCAUUGGGAAUCAACAGCGCAAAAUGGGGGCGUCUCUCGACUGGUCCCGAGAGUGCUUUACCAUGGACGACAAGCUCUCUCGCGCCGUCACUGAGGCGUUUGUCCAGCUGCAUGACCAGGGGCUCAUUUACAGGGAUAACCGUCUGGUCAAUUGGGACUGCGUCCUCCGAACAGCGAUUUCUGAUAUUGAGGUGGAGUACCAUGAUCUCAAGGGUCGCACCCACCUCCCCGUCCCCGGCUACGACAAACCAGUGGAAUUCGGAGCUAUCACUUCGUUCGCAUACCCCUUAGAAGCCGACUCAGCACAGGGAGAAGGCAGCGAGGAGGCUCUUAAGGAAAUAGUGGUGGCAACCACCCGGCCGGAGACCAUGCUGGGGGAUACGGCAGUGGCGGUGCACCCAGAUGAUCCUCGUUAUAAGGCGCUCCAUGGCAAGUUUGCAGUGCACCCGUUCAGCGGCAGGCGCAUCCCAAUUGUGUGCGAUGCUGAGCUGGUGGACAUGGCGUUCGGGACCGGUGCUGUCAAGAUCACCCCCGCUCACGACCCGAACGAUUUCGCCACGGGCAAGCGGCACAGCCUGGAGUUUAUCAACAUCUUCACGGACGAUGGGCUGAUCAACGCCAAUGGAGGCAAGGAGUUUGAGGGCAUGAAGCGGUUCGACGCGCGCACAGCCGUGCUGGAGAAGCUGCAGGAGAAGGGUUUAUACAGGGGUGUAGCCGACAACCCCAUGCGCCUGGGCUUCUGCUCGCGCAGCAAGGACAUCAUCGAGCCCAUGCUCAAGCCGCAGUGGUAUGUCAGCUGCGCUGACGUGGCGGCCGACGCGUGCCAGGCUGUCAGGGACGGCCAGCUGGAGUUCAUCCCCAAGGCACACGAGGAGACCUGGUUCAGAUGGCUGGAGAACAUUCGUGAUUGGUGCAUUUCCCGCCAGCUGUGGUGGGGCCACCGCAUCCCCGCGUGGUACGUCACAUUCGACCAAUCAGACGAGGCCGCCGCCCGGGACUUCCCCGUGCGCGAGUUUGGCGCGUACAACUCCAACUGGGUCGUCGCCCGCACCGACGCUGACGCGCGCCGGGCAGCCGAGGAAAAGUUUCCGGGCAGAAAGUUCGAGCUGGGGCGCGACCCGGAUGUUCUGGACACGUGGUUUUCGUCAGGGCUGUUUCCGUUCUCGGUGUUUGGGUGGCCGGAGGAGAGUGCGGACCUGAAGGCGUUCUACCCGACUGCUCUGCUGGAGACGGGGCACGAUAUUCUGUUCUUCUGGGUCGCCAGGAUGGUCUUCAUGGGACUGCGGCUGACGGGACAGCUGCCUUUCAAGCAGGUCUAUCUUCACGCCAUGGUGCGGGACGCUCAUGGGCGCAAGAUGUCCAAGUCGCUGGGCAAUGUGAUCGAUCCCCUCGAAGUGAUCAACGGCAUCACCCUGCAGCAGCUGCAGGCCAAUCUGGAGAAGGGCAACUUGGACCCCAGGGAGGUCAAGAAGGCGCAAGCAGGGCAGGCGGCGGACUUCCCCAAUGGGAUUGCGGAGUGUGGGUGCGAUGCACUGCGGUUUGCACUGGUCAACUACACCACCCAGUGGAUGAACAUCAACCUGGACAUCCAGCGCGUGCAAGGCUACCGCCUGUGGUGCAACAAGCUGUGGAACGCAAUCCGCUUCGCCAUGAUCAACCUCGGAGACUCCUUCACCCCCCCCUCCGUCCUCCCUCAGCCUCCCCCCUCCUCCUCCUCCUCCUGCUCUCCUCCUCUCACUCCCACGCUCAACUUCGCCUUCUCUGCACCUCUCCCGCUGUCCUGCCGCUGGAUUCUCUCCGUGCUGAACGCCACUGUAACGCGUGCAGUAACUGCACUGGAGGGUUACGACCUGGCAGAGGCCACUACAGCGGCGUAUGCGUGGUGGCAGUACCAGCUGUGCGACGUGUUCAUUGAGGUGUCCAAGCCCGCCUUUAAUGCAAGCGAAGGGGAGGAGGCGCUCAAGCUCAAACAGGUCACUCGUGAGGUGCUCUGGGUGUGUCUGGACGCGGGUCUGCGUCUGCUGCACCCUUUCAUGCCAUUUGUGACCGAGGAGUUGUGGCAGCGGCUGCCCAAACCCGCCGACUACACAUGGCCUUCCAUCAUGAUCGCCCCCUACCCCUCGCCCGUCAAGGAGUGGGCAGACCCCGAGGCAGAGGCAAUGAUGGCGACAGCCGAAGCAGCAGUUCGCUCCAUCCGCUCCCUGCGCAUGGCGUACGCGCUGCAGCCCAAGCAGCGGCCCACGGCGUCUGCUCAGUGCAAGAGCGAGGCAGCUGCUGCUGCAGUGGCGGCUGCUGUUGGGGAAAUCAGGACGCUUGCAACUCUCGCAGAGCUGCAGGUGCUCCCAGCGGGCGAGUCGGCCCCUGCAGGGUGCGCUGUGGCCAUAGUGGACGAGAACCUCUCGGUGCACGUGCUGCUGAGGGGGAUGGUGGACGCCAAGGCAGAGACACAGAAGCUGGGCAAGCGCAAGAACGAGACCUCCAAGCUCCAGGAGGCCCUUGCCAAGAAGAUGGGAGUGCCGGGGUACGAGGAGAAGGUGCCGGCAAACGUGAGGGAGGAGAAUGCCAGCAAGGCUGCCAAGCUGGCGGCUGAGCUGGCAAGCAUUGAUGAAGCCAUCAAGAAUUUUGAGAAGCUGAUGCUUGAUGAAGGUUCCGCAUGAAGGGAUGUGACUGGAUAUGCAUGCGUCUGACCACGCGCCUUUUUGUAUCUGAUAUGGUGACUCCGCGCUUCUUCGAUUCCUCACUCAACUCGUCAAGAGUGGUAGCUGGGUGCACUCCAGCGGGCAUUGUGAGAUUGAGGUAUCGCACGUGGGCUUUCUUAUGCAGUGCAAGAAAGUAGACUUGUUGAAAUCCAAUGGAACACAUAGGGUGAUACAAGCAAGAUUCGCAAACUACAUCGUAGAACACUCCUAAGGGUGAUUGUUUUGGGGUAUUGUAAUGAAGUGCGAAGAAGAGUGUGUGUUGAAGGAUUGAUUUAUGAGGAAACAAUACAACUGAGGCAACAUA